AUGAAUCCAUACAAUCAGUCGCAACCAUCAGCUCCACCACCACCUUAUCAGUCCGUUGUCAAUGAUAAUCGUUCAAACCAAAAUAAUCCGAUAUCAAAUGAACAACGCUCACCUAAUUUUGAUCAAUUUGUCAAUCGUUACGAAAUUAGUCCAAGUUUUGCUGAAAGAUUACAUAAACUUAAAGGUUAUGAAAUUGUUUUUAUCUGUGAUGACUCAGGUUCAAUGACUGCACCCAUUGGUGAAAAUACCAAUCCAUUACAAAAUCAAAGAACACGUUGGGAUGAACUGAAGCAAACAGUAUCAAUUGUUGUUGAACUAGCUAGUAUACUUGAUACCGAUGGUGUUGACGUCUACUUUCUUAAUCGUGAACCAAUGUUAAAUGUACGUAAUUCAUCAGACUUAGAGAUUGUCUUUGCUAUGGAUCCAGAAGGUGCAACACCAAUCGUACCUGUUCUUCGACAAGUCCUUAAAGAUAAACGUAAUCAAAUUUAUGAACGGAACUUACUUAUUCUGAUAGCUACUGAUGGGGUACCAACAGAUGAAAGAGAACGUACAGAUAUUCAUACAUUAGAGCAUGUUCUUAAAAAUGAACGUAAACCUACAAAUCAAAUUCCAGUUACAUUUAUUGUUUGUACAGAUGAUGAUGAAUCUAUGGCAUAUUUGAAUGAUUGGGAUAAAAAAAUUCCAAAUCUUGAUGUUGUUGAUGAUUAUCGAAGUGAAAGAAAACAAAUUCAAGCUUGUCGUGGUACUAACAUGGCAUUCAGUUUCGGUGAUUAUAUAGUAAAAAUUCUAUUAGGUGGAAUCGAUAGUUGGUUUGAUGAUUGGGAUGAAAAAAAUAUGCCAAUUAAUAAUCAGCAACGACCUAAUGCAGCAGAAUAUGGUCUUCCUCAGAAUAAUAACUCGAAUUAUAAAUAUUCUUAA